GUUAAUUUGGUCAUUUCAAGCAGGACUCGUCUCCAAGUGACUAGUUCGUUCCAUUUCUCUCUUAACCGGGAGAGCUUUCUUUCUUAUUUUUCACUACGAGCGAUUGACCGUUCGAACAUGCAGCAGGGCGGAGGAUCUGAAUCGGAGGUCACAUGGGAGGACCAACAGAAUAUUAACAAAUUUAGUAGGUUGAACAAUCGGUUCCACGAGCUUGAAGAUGAGAUUAGAACCGCCAAGGAGACAAAUGAUAAUCUUGAGGAUGCGAGUAAUGAGUUGAUUCUCAGUGAUGAAGAUGUGAUUCGUUUCCAUAUUGGGGAAGUUUUUGCCCAUAUACCAAGGGAAGAAGUAGAAGGCAGAUUGGAAGAAAUGAAAGAGGAAAAUGUUAAGAACUUGGAGAAACUUGAGGUAGAAAGGGAUUCUAUUGUAGCCCAGAUGGCUGAGUUGAAGAAAAUUCUGUACGGGAAGUUCAAAGAUUCCAUCAAUCUAGAAGAUGAUUAGCACAGAUAAGUUUUCUGAAGCUGUUUUGGUUCUAUGUUCUUUGGAUCUUGAUGUUGUAUUCUUGAUGUAGUCUUGGAAUCCUCUGGAAUUUGAUUUGAGAAAGUGACCUGAUAGAAGGUUGAUUAUUUACUCAAGAUCAACAGAUGUUUGUAGCAGCAUUUUUGUCUCUAUAAUAUACAUGAAUACCUGGUGUUCCUUAACUAGUCUUGUUAAAUGGAUGGAUUCACUCAUUGGUUGCUAA